AUGCAGGCGGCACCGUCCUGCUACGGUAGCAUGGUGGCCAGCACCUCCGAAGAAGCGACAACAUCUUCCAUCUCAAGAGGACCAAUGACCAUGUGAGUUCAUCCAAUCUUCCGCCACCAUCUCUGCCAUUUCCGACUUUGGGGGGUCCCGACCAAAUCUGUUUAUGCUCACAAGAUGAUCUGAUGCACGUUUCGACCAGCUCAAAAUACACACAAACAAACCCAACCACCGCGAGAGAAUCAGUCAUGUUUUUCAAAUUCGCCCACAUCUCCAGGGACAUUACUUGCCCAUCAGUUUGAGCAAAGUUCGGUGCGAGAAAAAAAGCGCGAAUUGUUAUUUGCAACUCGAGAACUUGUACUCCAGUCUAUCGGUCAAUUCUCUGGUGAAAAAAUGGCUAGUACAUUCGUCUUAUUCUCCAGUGACUUUGACUCUUGCAAGAACCGGGACCGCCUCAACUUUUUUCUCGCCUGCUUCGGCCCCGUUUUAUUACAACGCCUCGUAUUUAUUUGCACAAACGUGAUCCGAAAAAGGGGAGAAUUGAGCCUGAAAACGAGAAACGCGAGGAGCGAAAGAGAUGGAUUUUGGGGUUUGGUAGUCUUUCCACACAUUGAACUCUCUCGUAUCGUCUUUCAAUCCGCCAUGAAACCUUGUAUUCUCUAAAAGUCGCUUUGCAAUUCGGUAGGAACGGGCUACGGUACACUUUUUAUGUGCUCUAGGACAAAAAAACGCAAAAAGUUCAAGCGGAAGUUCGUUUCCCAGACUACGGAAAUUGUGUUCGGACAAGAAACAAAGUCAUUCUUCAACCCCUCUCUUCUUUCACGAUUUCCACUUCAACUUUACGUUUGCCUGACGAACAUCCUUUAGUGAAAAACCUCAUGAAUAAAUCCGAAACAUGUUCAUAAUCGAUUCCGUCACCUGCUGAAGCACCUCUGCCAAACAAGUAAUUACCAACUCUUGUGUCCUUUCCUUUCUUCACUUGUUCGGAAAGUAAGAAGCAAAAGCACUUCGUUUGGUUGAGGAAGCUGAGAAAACCGUUUCGGAAACUGGGAAGACUACCUGUUCUAAGCCUGAUGUAUUCAACCAACUGUCUUUGCAAAAAAUCUGACACUUACCAAUUUCAGGUCUGUCUCAAGAACUAACAGUCAGUUUAUUGAAGCUCCCGCCUUUUUCUAUGACAUGGAUACCGACCUCAAAGAACUGAAGGUGAGUUUUAAUGAACGCGAAUCGGGAAAGUAUAAUAUCUGACAGACCGCACUGAAAGAUGUGGAUCUACUCAACGACUCUGGCUACCGAUCAGUUAUAGAACGAUCGAGUCAUCCAUUUGCGACCAGUCUGGUAUUCCACGAAGACAACGGUUUCGAUUUGGAAGACGACGCCGCUGACGAGCAUUGGGGUUAGUAGUUGCUUUCACUAUUAUUGCGCAAUGCCGAACGGAUGAUGAUGAGUGAGGAAAGAGGAAAGAAGACGGGCUUGAUCGGGUGACCAGUCGUCCGCUCCCAAAUGGGUUAUGGACAAACUAGGCGCAAAUGUACAGUAUUGCGGGAUUCCGCCGCGUGCCUAACUUUUAAUAGUGCCGGUAUUAUACAACUAGCCGGGCCGGGGACUACCGCGCGGGUAAAGUUUGACGCAAGCAGUCACUGCUACUUUCGGUUCUACUUCAUUCUUACUUCACUUUGGACUCUGGUUUAUGGUUUAUGGUACCCUCAAUAUUAGCCUGGAGAAAUUGGCGAAAACAAGGUUCCACUUUUACAUUUAGAUGCCACAUAUAACAGAUUCACUUCCAAUUGAUGAAUGUUUGUGUUUUGCAGAUGGAUAUCUCACUGUUGGUGGUGAUCGUAUCAAAAUACGUGACAUGUCGGACAUUCUAGCCACACGAUACGCCUUCAUUUCUGGUGAGUGCACACGCGGACGUGUUGAGAGCCCGAAAGGGUUAUAAAAUGUGGCGAGAAACGCUAGUAAAAUGGAAAAUAGUGGAGCCGCUGAAUUUUUAUAUGUGCAGGCUGUUCCACGACUCAUACAUUUGCAAUAUCGCAUCCACCAAAAACGCGUUUUUCUCGUUUCAGGAGCACGCACAUCAGAAGGAUUGACAAUUGUCACAUUUCCGGAUUCAAGAUCGACACUUCCCUUUGAAGACUACUCUCUUUUAGUCAAAUAUCUUCUACAAGUUCCUCCGUAAGAGAUAUCUCUCUGUGCAACUCGAACUAAAGUUUUUCGUAUUUUAGUCUGGAGGACAGCCAUAAGGGUUUUGUGGUUAUCAUCGAUCGCCGAAGUGACAAGUGGUCAGCCGUGCGGACCCUACUACUUCAGAUCUCAGUAAGUGUUUUUGUAAGAACAAAGUCGUUCGUUCUGCUUGUUUUGGAAAGAAACAUUCGAAUCGAUUUAUCUCACCAUUUCUUCGACUAUUUUCAUUGCCGAAACCAACCCCCCCCCCUCAUCAAGUGUGUCCACUUUCUCAAAUCUGUUGACAUAAUCGCACUUGAUUUCGCAUUUUUUCGUGCUUUUCGGUUUCACUUUUGUGUUUACGUGAGACGCGUGGAAUGUCAACGGCAUGCGCAAUUUGCGAAAUCGAAGGAGGGGGCACAUAUCAUACAGACCGGAUAUCUGCUCCUGUGCACACGCUUUGCCGUGUUUACCAUGCGCAAAAUUUGAUGGGUUGUAUCGCUUUACUUUUGCCACUCGCUUGACCAACUGCUGCUUCUUUUUUGCCUCAACUCUUUUGUUGUUUUUCAAUGUGCACACUCGUGCAAAGAGGACCAUAAUGAGCGUGGUCUCGGCUAGUACUUCCGGUGUUUUGAAACCGGAGAGUCGUUGAAAUCCACUUCAUUUUCAAGACAUCCGUACAUUUCUCGAAAAUUCUUUCCUUCCACUUAUUUUAUCGCCGCAACGUGCUUCUAUUGCUCCAUUUUAUGCAUGACAAGAGCACCAUUAAUUUUUUGUAUUUUCCUCGGCAAACUUUAUGCAGCUCACCCAGUUUUCACCCGAUUACUACCAUCAAACUGUCAUUUAUUCAUUCGCGCCAACUAGUGCCGUCUCACAAACUCAAAUUCAAUUUCGAUGCGUGUGCCCCGAAUAAAAAGUAUCUCUGCUCGGCAACGUUGCCAAUCCUAACUUAAUUAGAGCAUGAGACUGCAGCUUAGCUCUGAAGACGUAAAUAAAUUGAAAGGGAGUGCAAAAACUCGAUUUCCCUUCCGUCUUUUUCUGUUUUUCUGGUUGUAAAAAAACGCUUUGUGCCUUUUCACAGAUGUGAUGCCAUUUCUUCUCCAUGUGAUCUCAAUUUUCAGUCAUUCUUCCCCGGCAAAGUUUGUGUGACGUUCGUCAUCAAGCCCGAAGGCGUUCUCCAGCGAGCCCUCGAAGUUGGUUAUCGUGGCGCUGCAGACACCUGCUCAUUCAAGGUUUGUUAUCUCCCUUUUUGAGAAAUUAAUAACACGACAGACAUGAUUUGAUUUUGCAUAGUCAUAGUCAUACACAUACACACAAUUAUAGUGGUUUAUAUGCGAAGCGCAUCGGAAUGGAAAUUAUAGGCAUGCAAUGUUAAUUGGCGACUUUGGGUAGCCAACCCUCUUUUGCGAAAAAAAGAAAUAGGCCUAUGAAGUGUGGGUGUGUGUGUAUGAUGUGUAUGAUCUUUUUUGAAUAGAACUAGGGCAAGAGAUGGUCCGAUAGGAAAUUGAAGCUUGAAGCCUAUGGCUUACGAGAUUACUCAUUUUCGGAAGAGACGGCAGGGGGGCCAUCAAGCUAUUAUUGGGCAGAAACCGAAUCCGAUUAGAGACGCGAUUCCCAUUUCCGAGACGAGAAAAAGAGGCUGAAAGCUGGUUUUACAGGUGAUCCAACUCGAGUCGUCGGCCGAACUUCGCAAGUACAUCCACAGCGAGCACCUCACGAUGGACGUCGGCGGCCUUAUCAAGUAUAACCACUUGGAGUGGGUGCAGCACCGAAUGGUUAGUUUCCCGUGA